AUGGUUGAGGAAGAUGAAUUUGAUCAGUACUUUGAAAAUGCUAUGGACGCGUCGUUUGAAGGAGGAAACUAUGAAGAUGACGAAUCCGAAGAUGACGAUCAAGAUAACGUUAAUACUGAAUAUGAGCUAACGAAAGAAGAGCCAGUAUCAAAAAACCCAAAGGAAUUUGCGAAAUUUUUGCAUAAAACCGAAUUCCCUGAGGAUAUUACUGGAUACUUCAAGUCAAUUAAGCUUUUUGAAAGGAAUCCGAAAAACGGAACAAUUAUUCCGACAAAAUCUUUGGGUUUCGCUGUAAAUGGAUUUUCUAUUUAUCUAUUUGGUAAAAAACGUAUUAGAAAAGCCGUGUUGAAAGGAAUUUCUCAAAUUUUUGGCUGUUACGAUAUUUUUCACUAUAUCUCGUCGCAUCUAGUAAAGCAUAUUGUGACGCUUAGGGAAUCGCAUGCGGCUGCGUGGAGCAAUCUUUUUAAUUUCAUGUCCUUCAUAAAACAUCCCAACGAUGGAGUUUCGGCGCCAUUUUUUAAAAAGUUUUGCAAACAAACCCCGUUCACAAAUCAGCAGACGAAAAAGCGGCGUCUUAUAUGGAUUUCGAAUGAUUGGGAAAAAGUCUGGUCGGCGAUUCUUCAUGCUGAAGUGAACUCGAAAAUCGCUCUUAAACUGAUUCCAUACGUCACUGAAAAUAUAUUGAGCAAAUUAAAAGAGCCAUUCAAAACUGCCGACUUUUUCUUCAAAAUGUUCGACAAAAAAGAUAUUCACGCGAUAUUAUCGCUCGGUGCCAUUUUCAAAUUGAUCACUGAGCAUAAUUUCGAAUAUCCAAAGUUUUACAACAAAGUUUAUUCGUUGAUCAAACCGUCGAUGUUUUAUAUGGAAAACAAGGAUAAAGUAUUAGUAUUAUUGGACAGUUUUCUAUCUUCAACGCACCUUCCGAUUUAUAUCGUCGCUUCAUUCAUCAAACGAUUAGCGAGAUGUCUCACAUUGGCUCCGGUUGAUGCUCAAGAACCAACACUCGGGCUGAUUCGUAAUUUGAUUAUUCGACACCCAAACUGUUACGAAUUGGUCCAUCGAGAGCUUCCCAAAACACUGUCAGAAGAUCCGUUUGAUGAUAACGAAAAUGAGUUGAGUAAAACGAAAGCCCUUGAAUCUUCGUUAUGGGAACUCAAGCUUCUUCAACAUCACUGGAAUCAAUCUGUUAGGAAAAGGGCGCAUUUUAUUGAUAAACCGAAACAAUCGAUCGAGUCAUAUGUCAGAUUCCGUUGCAUUGAUGAGCUUUUUUCGACACAUAUGGCGAAAACCUUUGGUGGAGAAGAAACAGACGCUGAGAAAUAUCAAAAACUACAGGAUGGCGAUGAUGAAGAAGAAGUGAAACCCGAAGAAAUUCCGACAAAACGAAAGAAGAAAUUUGGUGGAAAAUUCGCAGCUCGACAUGAAGAGAAGACUGUGAAACCAGUGAAUGUUAAUCAGGAUCCUCCAAGCGGAAUCAUGAAUAGAAAAAUUUCCAAUAUUGAUGUCCCACUUUUGUGGAAAAUUUAG